GCAGUCUGCAAAGGAUUCUAGGCGCUAACGGUUCUCCAAAAAAGAAAUCUUCCGUGUAUUAUCCUCCAGUCGAAAAUCGUCGCGUGCGUUCUCAGAAAGUUUUUGAAAAUUCGAGAAAAAAAACCACCUUGACAAAACGGUCCACCAAAGUGAAUAUUAGGGUUUUUUGGAAAAUCACAAAUUCCAAAAUCCAGCCAUUGAAAAUAUAAUUGACCCAACGAGGACAAAUAAACCCAAAUAAGAACAGAAAUGGAUUCAGCAGCCGCAGCAGCCGCCGCCAAGCGCGUUCAGAUCGAGAAGGCCCACAACUUUAUGAGGCAGUACCGUGAUCCCGAGUCCAGGGAGCUCAAGAAGCUGUCGGCCAACCAGUUCAUGGAUGUCUGGGCCCAUUACGACAAGGAUGGCAAUGGCUACAUUGAGGGCACCGAGCUGGACGGCUUUCUGCGGGAGUUUGUGUCGAGUGCCAAUGCCACAGACAUUAGCCCGGAGGCUGUCACGGACACCAUGCUCGAGGAGCUCAAGUCCUGCUUCAUGGAGGCCUAUGACGACAAUCAGGAUGGCAAAAUCGAUAUCAGAGAGCUGGCUCAACUUUUGCCCAUGGAGGAGAAUUUCCUUUUGCUCUUCCGCUUCGAUAAUCCACUGGAGUCGAGCGUUGAAUUCAUGAAGAUCUGGCGUGAAUACGACACUGACAACUCGGGUUACAUUGAGGCGGAUGAGCUGAAGAAUUUCUUGCGCGAUUUGCUCAAAGAGGCCAAAAAGAUCAAUGAUGUGUCCGAGGAUAAGCUCAUUGAGUACACCGAUACCAUGCUCCAAGUAUUCGAUGCCAACAAGGACGGACGUUUGCAGCUGUCGGAAAUGGCCAAAUUGCUUCCGGUUAAAGAGAACUUCCUUUGCCGUCAGGUGUUUAAGGAGGGCAUUGAUGGCGCCACAAAGUUGACCAAAGAAGAUAUAGAAAAGGUCUUUUCGCUCUACGAUCGGGACAACAGUGGAACCAUUGAAAACGAGGAACUCAAAGGCUUCCUUAAGGAUCUCCUAGAGCUGGUCAAGAAGGACGACUACGAUGCCCAGGAUCUGGCUGCCUUUGAGGAGACCAUCAUGCGAGGAGUGGGCACCGACAAGCAUGGCAAGAUUUCGCGCAAGGAGCUGACCAUGAUCCUGCUGACACUGGCCAAAAUGUCGCCAGACGAGGAGGAGUAAGCCCCCCUCGAGAAUAAAACCCAAUCAGAGAGAUUUUAGGCGACUCUAUUUUUGUCAACCAAAAAGAAAAACACAAGAAAAGCGAGGUAAAUCCAGGGGCGAGGCCAUAGUGGGCAUCGAGGCAAUUGUUUACUUUAGAACUGCAUCCAAAUAGGGCAGCAAUGAUGAAGAUUUUGGCUUCGGAGGUGGAUCCUGCGAUCCUACCCGAAGCAAAAAGAAGCUAAUUGGUAAAAAUAAAUAUAAAAUAAAUGUUUCAAUCUUAAAUAAAUGUUUAUCGUACGUUAAGCCUGUUGAGAGUAUAUAUUUCCCCCCAAGUCAAACCGAAACAAAAAGCAAAAGCGGAGAUUUAUCUAAUCAAAGAAACAAUUUGCAACACUGAAUCGAGCCACUUAAAGUAAACAAUUAGGAAAUGAUAACAUCAAGAUCAGUACAUCGAUUUUAUAUUAUUAUAUUACGAGUAUAUAUAUAUGUAUUUAUAUUUUCUAUGUGUAUUUGCAUAAAGUACUUUAUUUAAUUACCGAUUAAAAUACUUGAAAUAAAAGUAGCUAUAUUUAAGGACACGGAUGAGUCGGUCGUCAAGCGUUAUUUGCGAUUAUAUAAGUAUAAAGUACGCAGUAUAAACAUAAACAUAUAUGUAUGUGGCUACAAUCUGUAGAUAAUUGUUGUUAAUAAUUGUGAAAGUAUCUUUUAACUCGGCCAAUGUAACGCGUAUCCCUUGCCAAGCCUCAAUUUCCAACCGAUUCUGGGCGUGGGUAACCACAUAUAUACUACUAUACUAUAUGUACACCCCACAUGCCGCCAACAUCAAUCAAUCAAUCAAUCAAGGGCCACUUGCAGCAACAGCCUGAAGGGAGGACGCCACUAAUGCAUCGCCCACCUGAAUGUGACACUGUCAUGCAGGGGAAGGGGACAUGCCGCCGGAGGACGACAACGACACUCGUCCUUGUCGCCGCUUCGAGUGACGAGAAUGGGAAUGGAAUGGAUUACGAGUCGCAGAUUCCGAGCAGCUGGCUACAUUUCCAUUUGAGUUACCUGCUUAGGCCAAUAAUCGCAAACUAAAUUUAAGCGAAAACUUCAAGUUAACCUACGAAGCCACGAACUAUCCAAUGUUUUUUCAAGGUGCUAUAGCUAUAUAUAUAAAAACUUACGCCACUUGGUUGAACCCUCUCCCUCUUUGACCCCACUUUCCAAGGCUAUUACUCUAUAUAUUUUCAAACCCAAACUAAUAACAUUAAGCUUUAAAGCCAAGACAAGGAAAUUGGUACAACCUUCGAACGGAAUUCGCCCAGGGGUUCAUUUUUAAAAUUUCAAUAUGAAAUAGGUUAAGCAGAGAUCCGAAUGGCACAAGUCGUCCUAUAGCUUUGAAUAAUAGCAAGUUGGAGAAAUACAUACAUAUUUCAAUCAGUUUUAAAAAUGAAACCCGGCUAGUAACCCGGAUAUGCAACAAAAUGCCAACUUAACUUAUACAUUAACUAAUUACGAUACAACUCUAUAUGGUACUUAU